AUGUUCACGGAGGGCCUAGAUGAAAGCGCAAUCAACUGGAUCAAGCAGGGAACGGAGGCAGAACCACUUCAGGCUCGAUCGCCGUUAACUGAGAAAGUUGAACAUGAAUUUCCCAUACCCAGAUCUCCUCUUGCAUUCAGUAGCUCUAAUCUCAUGUCUUCCCAUGUCCUGCCUCCCUUGAAAUUCCAUUCUGGCCUACUUGCUCCUCACAACACGGUUGCUCUGACCGACGAAGAUGAUGGCAGUGAUGACGACGAGGAAAGCGUGGCUUCAGUUCCAGACGAUUUGGGCGGGAAUUACUCAGAUGAAGGACUGCGAUGUAGUGACAUUGAGGCUCUGGAAAACCCUGUUGAGAAGUGCUAUGACGACGAAUUUUUCCGAUCAGAAUCAAUCACUACCUUCAAGCAAAGUACAAAUUUUAAAUUGGAGAGUCGACACCGGUCGACUUUGAAUAAAGGGUCGUUGAUGGAGGAUCUCCGGGUGGAAGUUCCACAGAACUACAGAAGGUUUACCGACGGUCCAGUGUGGUUAGGGAAUGGUUCAAACCAAAAUGUUGUAUCCGGAGGUAGCUGUCGACUUCGUGAAAGAGUUCAGCUGCAGAACGCAUAUGGUACUACAACUAAAAACAGUGUGCAGAGUGAUGUAGCAGAUUUGGGAACUCCUAGUGCGCCUCCAAUUUUAGAUAUAGGUAGAGAAGGAAACAACUGUGGAGCUGAAAGUGAUCCAAAAGAAGAUUCUGAAGGUUUAACUGAAAUGAAUAGAAGCACAGAUGGGACACGCAUGUCUAGAGAAUCAUUAGACGGUUUUUGUGCCAAUCAAGAGGUUGCUUCCACUUGCAGAGUACAGUUCUCGGAAGAUGAACUUGUUGAGAGGGAGAAUAGAACAGCAUCCGGGAUAGCAGAAGUACCUUCUAGUUACUGGCAACCCAGUUCAUUUGAUAAUUCACCUUCUUAUAACAUCAGUUGUCCCUCUUUCUGCAGUGGUCAAAAUGCAUGGCAAACACUAAUUGCUUAUGAUGCAUGCAUUCGUCUUUGCCUGAAUGCCUGGGCUAGAGGCUGCCCAGAAGCACCUGAGUUCCUACGUGAUGAAUGCCUGGUUCUCCGAAGUGCCUUUGGGCUACACAAGCUUUUAUUACAACCUCGAGGUGUCCAAUCAAUGGGAAGGAAGGAUACUACAUGUACAGAACAAGCAUGCACUUUGAAAGUGAAAAAAGUAGUUGGAAAAAUUAGAGUUGAAGUGAAAAAGCUCCGCAUAAUACCAAGGCGAAAACUCAAGAGUGCAUACUCACAGCGAAGUGCAAUCUAUAUGCAAGUAGGAGCUGAAUAUGUCCGACAUGUUUCGUCACUUGUGAAAAGCAGCAUCAAUGCUAUUAGAACUGCAUCACUUUCAGUGGCAUGUGAAGAGAGACUGAUAUGCCUAUUCCAUCUGAAGAGUUCUGCAGAAGAUAGUCAAGUUGAAUCAGGUUCUGCUAUUUGCUUGCAGCCAGGAACUGGCGAUUGCCAUGAAUUCUUUCCAGAGAAUCAAUCAGAUGCUCUUAUACUAGAAGUGCAGGAUGCCAAGAAAACCAUCCAAGGUCGAGCUAUAAUUCCAAUCACAUCCUUGAUUGAUAAUCCUAAUGAUAGGAUUCGUUGGUGGCCUAUUUACCAUGAUGACAAUGAAUGCAUUGGAAAGAUCCAGCUCUUCAUUGGUAGCACAAUUACGUGUGAUGAGAAUGCACAAAUCAAGAGUGGGCCUAUCGUGGAAACUCUUGCGUAUGAUUUAUUGCUAGAGGCAGCCAUGCGUGGACAGCACUUCCAUGCUCGAAAUUUAAGGCUAGAUGGGCCAUGGAAAUGGCUGUUGAGUCAGUUUGCUGACUACUAUGGAGUAUCAGAUUCAUAUACUAAGCUAAGAUAUCUCUCAUAUGUCAUGAAUGUGGCAACUCCUACAAAAGAUUGCUUAGAGCUUGUCUAUGAGUUGCUCCUCCCUGUUAUGAAGGUCAGGACCGAGAAAAGCCUAACUAGACAAGAGAAAAGUAUACUGUUGGAGUGUGAAACUCAAGUUGAGAGCCUCUUAGCAACUGUUUUUCAGAACUACAAAUCAUUGGAUGAAAACUCUUCAACAGGUUUGACAGAUGUGUUUGGUUCAAUACCCGAAGUUGCUGCCCCAGCUUUAGCACCUGCAGUGACAGUAUACACUCUUCUUCAUGAUAUACUUGCUCAAGAUGCACAGGCAACGUUAAGAAACUAUCUUCAGACAGCAGCAGCAAAGAGAUGCCGGAACCACAUGGUUGAGACUGAUGAGUUUAUGUCGUGUAACUCUGAGGGCUUUCUUAUGGAUUCAAUUACAAUCUCCACAGCAUAUUUGAAGAUGAAGAACCUCUGUAUGAACAUAAGUAAUGAAAUCCAGGCAGACAUUAAGAUCCACAACCAGCAUAUUCUCCAAGGUAGUUCAAUAGACCUAUCAAAUAUCACAGCAGCAGUCUACAGCAUUGAGUUGUGCAAGAGGCUCAGAGGUUUUCUUGCUGCAUGGCCUCCAUCUAGGCCCCUGUCACAUGUUAAUGAGCUUCUUAUAGCAACUGCUGAUUUUGAAAGGAAUCUUGAAUCAUGGAACAUCAGUCCAGUGCAAGGUGGUGUAGACUCAAGGAAUUUGUACCAUGAUUACAUAAUAGUUUGGGUACAGGAUAUGCAACUCAAUUUGCUAGAGCUUUGCAAGGCAGAGAAGGUGCCAUGGUCGGGAGUGCUCACAAAUCAUUCUAUCUCACCAUUUGCUGAGGAAAUGUAUGAAAAAAUCAAAGAAGUGCUUGUUGAGUAUGAAGUAGUGAUGAAUAGAUGGCCUCAAUAUUCAUUGCUUUUGGAGAAUGCUGUAGCCAAUGUGGAAAGAGCAAUCAUAAAAGCACUGGAAAAGCAGUACAAUGAUAUCUUGACUCCUUUGAAAGACAGCAUCCCAAAAAGGCUUGGGAUGCAAGUUCAAAAACUAACCGGAAGACAGUCAACUGCCCUUUACACUGUUCCUAGUCAAUUGGGAACUUUUUUGAACACCAUCAAGAGAAUUCUUGAUGCUUCACACUGCAAGGUUGAAGACAUUUUGAAGUCUUGGGCGGCCUAUCUACCUGUAAUUGGUGGUGACAAGAAGUUGAUUUUUGGAGAGCAGAUGAAUGCAAUAACAGUUUUAUUGAGAACAAAAUACAAAAAUUAUAUGCAGGCAACAGUAGUGAAGCUCGUGAACAAUAUGCAAGCUAAUAGGAGCACACGCCUCAAAAGGAUUCUAGAAGAAACAAAGGAAGCAGAUGGAGAGGGUGAGGUCCGUGAAAGAAUGCAAAUCCUAAGUUCACAACUGAUUGACUCUAUAUCAAACCUGCAUGAGGUCUUCACCAGUCGAAUAUUUAUUGCAACAUGUCGUGGAUUUUGGGACAGAAUGGGCCAGAUUGUGCUGAAAUUUCUGGAAGGAAGAAAAGAAAACCGAGUCUGGUACAGUGGCUCUUAUCAUGCUCUUGGGGUUCUGGAUGACAUUUUUGCUUCCCAGAUGCAGCGUUUUCAAGGAAACGCCCUCCAAGAGAAAGAUCUGGAGCCCCCUCGUUCAAUCGUGGAAGCACGCUCUAUACUGUGUAGGGAUACAACCAAUGCCGCGGACACAUCUACUUACUUAUAUUUCUAG